CGUGCUUACUCAACCCCUACAGUCACUCCUCGCAGACGUUGUUUUCUCAGCUGCACUCACACUCCGCUUUGCCGCACGCUGUACUUGUACUUAUUUGCCUUUCCCUAUUGGUAUAUAUGCUGCUGUGCAGAAUGUCAUUGAAAUCUUGCGCAAGGUUAGGCAGAUGACACCGAUUAUCCAGCAAGUUGACAUAUCAUGGCCCAACCUUUUCUAUCGGUAUACCAGCGAGCAGGUUAGCACAGACUUUCGUCAGAUAAUAGAGAAGAUGUAUCGGGGAGUGAACGGGGUUUCCUUUGAAAUUAACCACUGCACACGCUUUAUUCCUCAUUUUGUACCCGCUGAUCUAUCAGGCACGAGUAAUCUGGCGUUUGGCGAGAUUAGAAAUCGGAUGUGGGUUAUCGAAUCCAUUCAGCGCAAUGCGGGGUCACUGAAAACCCUUUCUUUGACGCCUAUGGAUAUGGAGACGGCAACCGCGCUGUUACGCAACGCCCAUGGAGGACCUGUUGUUUAUCAAUGCUUGGAGUCUUUUGAGAUUAUAAGCAGCAGCGCAGACCAUCGAUACGACUGUCUACUUUCCCGCACUCAAAUCAUGCAAAAUUUGUGGCCAUUAUCUGUUCGUCGACGAUGCUCUGUUUAGAGGCAACAGCAGCACGCUAGAGAGACUGGAUAUCUGCAUAACCACAAAUUUUAUUGACAUUGCAGACAAAUUCUGCAUUUUUAUAGCCAGCCGAUUCACAAACCUGCAGUCUAUUUGCCUAGCACUUGU